ACUCAAUCUCAGAAAACAAAAAAAAAAAACAGAGAGAGCUUCUUCCCUUGUCCUAAACCAAAAGAUGCGACCUUUGGACGAAAACGAGACGACCGUCGUCUUCGAGAAGAUCUUCAAAUUCGUGGGCAACAACCUCAAGAACAUCGUCGAGAACCCAUCUCACGAAGGACCCGAACCAGAGCCCGGCCGCUACUGCUUCCGCCUCCAGAAGAGCAGAGUCUACUACGUCAGCGAGUCUCUCGUGAAGCGAGCCACCAACAUCUCCCGCAAAAGCCUGGUCUCCCUCGGAACCUGCAUCGGGAAGUACACCCACGCCGGGAGCUUCCACCUGACGAUAAUGUCGCUCAACCUCUUGGCGGCGAACGCGAAGCACAAGGUGUGGCUGAAACCCACGUCGGAGAUGUCCUUUCUUUACGGGAACCAUGUGUUGAAAGGAGGGCUUGGGAGGAUUACUGAUAGUAUUGUGCCUGGAGAUGGAGUUGUCGUGUUCUCCAUGUCGGAUGUUCCGUUGGGGUUUGGGAUUGCGGCGAAGAGUACGCAGGAUUGUCGGAAGUUGGAUCCGAAUGGUAUCGUUGUGCUUCAUCAGGCUGAUAUUGGAGAGUAUUUGAGAGAUGAAGACGAGCUUUGAAAAAAGGCUUUGUCUUUAGGGAAUCUUGGCUUUGACUGUUGUUUUAAGUUUUGUUUGAGGUUUAUGAUAUGUAACCUGGUGUUGGAUCUAUGGAAAGUCUCGAUUUUUAUUUAUCUGUUUCAGAUGUUAUGUCUGUUUGGUGAGUAUCAUGUAAGCUGGCAAGUGCUUCUUUUGCUUUAGAUUUUAUAGCCAACACAUUAUUCAAAA